AAACAAUGUGAAGGACUUUCUUCGCUCGAGUAAAGAGAAGAUUUCUCAUUUCUGUACCGCUUUUCAAAUGAGAGGAACAGUCAGGAACCAUCAUCAUCCAUAGUCGCAAAGCUCAGUCCAGAUUUAAGGUGGUCGUUUCGAAUGCGACUACUUCACCUCUCUGCAAAUAUCUUCAAAAGGGUUUCCGAAUACUGGUGCUUAAGUCUGUCAGGUGAAUUUCAAUUGAAGAAAGAAUGUCUCACAUACCAACUGAAAAGGCCAAUUGGACUCCUUCCUUCCACAAAAUAUUUGUUGAUCUAUGUCUUGAUGAAACUUUAAAGGGGAAUAAGCCCGGGACGCAUUUUACUAAGGACGGUUGGCAGAAUAUUGUCGAAUCAUUUUAUGAAAAGACUGGUUCGAGGUAUGAUCUGAAACAAAUGAAGAAUCACUGGUCGCUUACCAAGUUACAAUGGAAAAUCUGGUUUAAGCUGAUUGGUGAUAGCAGCAUGAAAUGGGAUCCAGAAACCAAGAAAUUGGGUGCUACUAAAGAAGAUUGGGCCCAUUAUAUAAAGGCCAAUCCAGAAGCUGCACAAUUUCAAUUCAUGGAACUGCAGAAUACUGACAAGUUAGAAAUUAUCUUGAAUGGAACAAUAAAUGGUGCAUGGAUACAUGUUUCGACUGGGUAUAAGAGGAAAAAUUGUUGUCUGAUCUCCUCCCCUUUGUAUGUGAAAGAGGAAACAAUAACAACACCUACUGUGAAGGAGGAGCAUCUACCUGAUGAUGAAUUGAGGAGUGCUGUUAUGGCUCAGUCUACUCAGGGCAUGCCAGUUGCAAGUGAACAAAGCAUGUCUAUCUCAUCACCUUCCAAUGCAAAAGCCAUUUGGACGCCUGUUAUACACAAAAUAUUCAUUGAUCUAUGUCUAGAACAGAAGUUAAAGGGGAAUAAGCCUGGAACACGUUUUACUAAGGAAGGUUGGAGAACUAUUUUUGGAUCAUUUCAGAAAAAGACUGGCCUGAGUUAUGAGACACUGCAACUAAAGAAUCAUUGGAAUGUUACUAAGGAACGCUGGAAGGUCUGGUCUAACCUAAUUGGCACUCCAAGUAUGAAGUGGGAUCCAAACACCAAUAAAUUUGGUGCGAGUGAAGAAAAUUGGGAAGAAUAUUUGCAGGAAAACCCAGCAGCUUCACAAUUCCGCUUCAAGGCACUUGAGCUUGCUGACAAACUGGAGACUAUUUUUUAUGGAAGCAGAGUUACUGCAGAGACCGAACCAACUAGUCGGCGCAGGAAGUACAACAAUGCUUCAACAAUGCCUCACUUAAGCAACAGAGAACCAGAAAUACCAAAGCCAGAUGAGAAAACUGAGCCUUUUUGUGAUGCUGUUGAAUCAAGAGGUGCCUUAAUGAUUCAGAAAGAGGCUCAAUUUGUUCCAUCUAGAGGAGGCAAACUCAGUUAUAGUAUUGGGGAAUGCAUUGACUGUCUUGAUGGAAUGGAGGAAGUAGAACCAGGAAGUGACCUCUACUUGUUUGCAUUAGAUAUAUUCCUGAAGAAGGAAUACAGGGAAGUUUUUCUUCAACUGAAGAACCCUAGUGUAAGGAUGGCAUGGUUGCAGCGCCUGCAAUCACUUGGUCCAUCUUUAUAACAGAAUGCUUGCCAUGUUUUGUUUUCUCCUGUCACUUCCUACAGGUACAUGUAAUUUCUGCAUACGACUAGCAAUUACAAAGCCGUUGUUCUUUUUCAGUCUGGUGGUCGGAACUGUCUUUGACAUGCUUACAUCGAGAAUAAUUUAGUGGCCUUUCUGUUAUCAGCGUUUAUUCAUGUUGUAAAAUGGGACGAGGUCUAUGACCCUCGCUCGGUAUGUUUUGUACGUGCAAACAGUCUUUUCAAUAUUUAUGAUUUCUUAUUCAGCAAAAAAAUAAAAGAAAAAGAGUUUCGCGGUUUA